AUGACCAGGAACAAGAACAAGAACUCAAAGAGGCAAUUAUUUAGGAAACAAAAAAUAGUGCCGGAGGAUAGAGAGUUGGCGUUGGAGCGAUUUCGCGGCAUAUACGAGGCUUUGGAUUCCGAUACUUCACCAAAGCUCUUGCCGUUACUGCACAAUGAACAGCAGAUUUCGUCUCUUCUACAAACGAUAGUCGAUUCUUACGCGGCUGCGCAGGAAACCGAAUGGAAGAAAAACCCAUAUAUCUCACGCACAGGGACUAGGAACGCACUUUUAUCAACGAUUCGUGAUGUGUUUACGCGGUCGGCGAUUUUGUUUAGCCUUGACGUUGAAGCUUGGGAGCGAGAUGCAAACGUUGUCACCGAGAUUGGACUAGCCAUCUACGACCCAACAAGGGGGCUUUCUCGCGGGCUCCAUGGCGCUGUGUUUGAAAUAACCCCCACCAUAAAGCAGUUGCAUAUUCGAAUAAAGGAACACUGUGACUUAACUAAUGGAGCAUAUGUGCCGAACCACGUGGACAAAUUCAACGGUGGCACAACAUUGCUUCUCUCAAAAUACGAGGCUGCCGUGUUUUUGCAGUCCAUGAUUGACUAUUUCUUUGACGAGGAAGAAAAAGAAGAGGGGGAGGCAGUUGACGUAAAUUGCAAGAACAAGAGGCACAAGAACACUUAUUUGGUAGGGCAUGAUAUUCAAGGAGACGUCAAGUGGUUGUCAAACAUGGGCAUUGAGUUUCCCGCAAAAUACCUGUGUAUUGAUACUAUGAAACUCAUGAGAAUCUCGCACGGCAAACCUUCACUCGGACUAGCCAGGUCGCUCCAGUUCUGCGACAUCUCCCACAAUUUUCUUCACAAUGCGGGAAAUGACGCAUACUACACACUACUACUUGCCUUGAAGCUUUGCGACCCGUAUCUGAGAUUGCUGAAAAACUUGGAUGUUUUUGUGGGGAAGGAGAUGACUGCGGAGGAAAUUGAACUAAAGAAAGCAGAGAAAGAAGGCAAGAGGAUGGCCAGGAUAGCUAGACGUCAAGGAAAGAUUGAAAAGGAGAAAAGUGAGGCUACAGAAGGCGGUGAAGUAGAGGUGGAAGAAAAGACAAGAAUAGAGAAGAAGGAGAAGGAGGAGGAGGAGACGGAGCAACUGCGAUUGAAUCGCAAGAAGGAGAAGGAAGCCAGCGAGAAAUUGAAAAUUGAAAAAGCCAGAGCAAGACGGCAAGAGCAAAGGAUCAAGAUCUUGACUUGCAACGACGCCGAGUUGAAGGUUGUAAAUUCUGCCCUCGAGGCCACGUUUUUUUGUUUUGGCAAAAUGAUACCCUCACAAGAAGAUGUUAUGGAUGAGACCCUGGAACAAGAAAUCUGA